AUGUCAAUUUCUUCUUCAUCGUCGUCAUUAUCAUCAUCGUCUUCACCACCAUCAACGACAAGACCAAAUGAUUUUUUUGAUCUACCAGACGAAGCUAGAGCCGACGACCAAUAUGUAGUCGAAAAAGUGCUUGCUAAACGACGAAAUCGAAAAGGAAAAUGGGAAUAUUUACUUAAAUGGGCCGGAUUUGGUGAUGAAGAUAAUACUUGGGAAGCUCAACAUGAUAUUCAUCCUGAUUUAAUUGCUGAUUUUGAACGACAACAAGUUGAAUUAGAUACAUCAAAUCCCAUUUAUUCAACAUUAGGUGAAGAUCGACCAGCUAAAUCACAUGUAUCAUCAUCAACUCGUACAGAAUCACCACAACCAGCUAAGAAAAAACGAAAAACUUCGAGUAGUGUUUCUUCAAUACCAACACCAACACCAACACCAACACCAAUACCAACACCAACAACAACAACAACGCCAACACCACCACCAACAACAAAAACAAAAACAACAAAUGAACCAUCCCGAAAAGUUUUUGGUGUUGAAAAAGGUUGGCGUGUACGAGCAGUUAUUGGAGCAGCUAAACAAAAAGAUUCAUCAGUAUUAUAUGCUGUUGAUUAUGUACAAGGUUCACCAGUAUUACGUGAAUAUGUACCAUCAGAUAUAGCUCAUGUUUAUAUACCACGUGAAUUAAUAGAAUUUUUUCAAAAAAAAAUUGUUUGGAAUUCAUCAAAUGCAAAUAAGAAAACUUAA